UUCUUUAUCCCUCCAUCAAAACUAUUUCAUUUUCUCUCUCUACACUCUAAUUACACCACUCUCACCCAAACCAACGAUAACAAAAACCCAAUACAACACCCUCUGUGCUGUUUUUUUUUGUUUAAAAAAAUAUGGAGGAAUGCAAAAAUGAUACAAGGAAGCGAGUCAGAGAGGACUCGGAGGUCGACUCGCCCGAGUCAAAGCGAGUCAUCCGAGUCGACUCCGGUUCCGAUGAUAACUCGUCCGAGUUUCAUCUAACACGUGUUAACUCGAGCGAGUCAUUUGUUGAUUCGAACGAUUCAAAACUCGUUCCACAUCAACCCGACUCGUCCGGGGUUAACGAGAUGAAUGAUGAGAUUCUUAAUAUUCUAGACGAAACAGAUAAUGUAACGGAGCGGGAAACCAGCACCACCGUACAAGGUCUCGAUUCUGUCAUAAAAAGCUUCGAAGAUGAAAUACUUGCUUCGGGUUUAGGUUCGGACCCGAACCAUGUACCCGAGUCAGGUGAGUUUAACCCGAACCUGGGGUACCUAUUGGAAGCGUCGGAUGAUGAACUUGGUUUACCACCGACGGUGGUAACCAACGAAGAGUUUGAGAAGGCUGAAAAAGAAGAGUGGGGUCGGGUUGGCCCGGAUGGGAUUGAUUUGAGCGGGUUCUUUUGGUUUGAAGAAGAGAUCCGAAACAAUGAAGCGUUCGGGUUUGUGGGGUAUGAUGGAAACGAUAACGAAGGAGGUUAUGUAACGAUUGAUGGGUUGUUUGAUUAUGCUGAACCUGAUGAUAUGUUGUGGCGGUCGGAGUCGUUACAGGCUAUGUAGGAUUUUCCGGCACGGCGAUAUUUUGUAACGGUCUUGUCGGAAUGUUUUGGUUAACUAUGUAUGUGUGUAUGUAAAUCUGUGGUGGUUUUAGGCAGCACAUAUGAAGAUGACGUAGGAGGGAGGGUAGAUGUUAAAAUUUUAGAAUUAUGAAAUUUGUUGAAUACGUCCUUACCCUGACUUGUUCGAUAGUUUUUUUUCCUAAAAAUGUUAAUGUGAAAUCUAGUUUAUCUUGACAAGGUC